AUGUGUGUCAUUUGUGGAUCUCUUUGCUGCUACCGUCCGCUGCAUCGCCCUCCCUCGCCUCUCCUCCUCGUUGUACUUUCUCACCUCUCCCUCUCUCCCUCCCUCACUAACGGGUCUGGCACCAUGGGCGUGUGCUGCAGCGACUGCAGGCGCAGCGAUGUCGAGAAGAACACCAAGUCGGUGGGUCAGGUCACCACCAGCAGCGCCUUCAAGCUCAUGCAGAACAAUGCGCUCUGCUUCCAGCCGGUGGCCUUUGAUGUCGUCGUCCCUGAAGGCACAAACAUGAUGACGGCCUCGCCGCAGCGUGGUAGCGUUGUUGUUGAUUGCGAUGUGAACAACUUCAGCGGCACUCUAUCAGACGCGAGCCUGCACACGAUUCGCGACACCAUAACCGUCGAGCGCAGCAACACGUACGAUCCGAUGAACGAGACGCUUAGCAACAUGAGCUUCACGAACAGUUUUCACGCUGUGGACAAGAGGGCAGUUCAGAUAUUCAUGAAAAGCGUGGCACGGCUCGCGGAGCGCAACAAUAAAGGGACGAUGCUGGAGGAGAGCUUGAUCAGUGCCAGCAUAGGGCCAGACCCCUGUGUGUCCAACCGGUCCAUGCUGGGCAACCUCAACACGAGCAGCAUGGUCCAGGAAGAUCUCGACUACAUCGCUGCCGGCGCGACGCUACAGGACCGUAUAGCGCGCCUGGAGGAGGUCGAAGCGGCGCUGCGAAGGUCCAUCGACGGAUCCUGGCGCAUGGACUCGAUGCUGCUGCAGCUGGCGUGCUGCCAAAUACUCCCGACGUUGCGCCAGCGGCGCUGUCCGUGGGGAGUCAGCAGGAGUGCCACCCAAAGCAAGAACACCGCCGCUCAGCAGCAGAGCAAGCGCAAGCCAGUGCUCGUCAUUUAUGCGCAAGGGCUGCAGAUGGAUGCCUCCGUCGUCACGGUUCCCACGCCUAUUACUCCCUCUCGCGCCUCGCCAACUAUCCCAAGCGAGGUUUCGAUAGGCAACCUGAACGACGGCAAGGAGGGCGGUGGUAACAACGCCUCUAUGGUAUUCGGCACAUCGAGGUCACGCGCAAGCAUGUCAGCGGUUCCCACGAAGGUGCAGCAAUACGAGAUGCUGGCCUUGACUUGCCGCGACAUUGACCCCCACAGGACUGACAGCGCCUUGAUAGAGAACAGCACCUGGGACUUCCUCUCCGUGAGCGGCGCGGCGGCCACCCUCAACGAAGGUCGAUGCAUAUUCCGCUUCAUGUCCGGCUCCCUGGCAGAGGCGGAUCCAGAGACGCAGGGCAUCGUCGACGCCAUCAUCAACCUCAGCUCCUUCGCCGACGAGGUGAAGGAGAACAACGUGCCAAAGGUGAGCGUCUACGACAGCGAGGACGCGGCCAAGUACAUCGGCAUCCACGUAAAGGCAAUGUACAUGCUUCCCGGCAUCAUGCUGAAAGACAUCACCAAGGACCUGAUGGUGUCCACCUCGUACCAGAGUGCGUGCCAGCCUUCCGAGAACAAGAUCCAGGAAUGCGAGUUGGCCGACACGUUCCGCCUCACAAUGACAGUCAUCCGCUUCGUCUUUAGUCUUACCGUCCAGUUCAAGGUGUCGGAGAUCACCGACCCGGCAGUGCUGAAGUCGCUCGCUGUGUGCGAUGGGAUGGUGCCUGCCAAGGCGCUCAUGCUGGAGAGAACGAAGCGGAACAUAGCAAAGGUGGAUGCGACAGCGAAGGUGCGGUCGAUGCUGCUCUACUACCCCGUCAACGAUGGUGUCUUGGUGAACAACCAUACCGUCGUGCUUAACACGUCACUGCCGAAGGUUGUGUCGAAGAUUAUGAACAACUUCGGUUCGCAGGGUGCGGCGCAGUCGGUACAGACAGCGAAACUGACGCGCGAGUACCUGAUUAAGCGCUUUGGCGACUCCCGAAGCAAAUUUUAG